AAGAACAUAAUGGUUGGAACUUUUUCUGGGUCUGGAAGAUCAUUAGCUGAUACUCAUUCUUCUUCUCCAUGUUUGUGCUUGAAUUCUAGUCUUAACUCAGGUAUCUCUAAUUUCAAGACUACUGGGGAAUUGGGUUUGUGGAGAAGCUUUAAGGCUAGGAAACAGUUGAAUUUAAGCAGUAGUUUCUUGGAAGCAUGGUGUGAGUUGAAGUUAUCUGCAAAGAUGAUAUCUUUGGCUGUAAAUGGGGUUUCAAGACAGAAACAAAAGAUUGGGAAAUUCACUGUUGUUGGUGGCUUGGAAGUGGAGGAUGAUGAUUCAGGGGAAGAUGUUAAAAAUGAAAUGAUCAAUGUUAUAACUUACAAAGCUGUACGGACUGUUCUGCAACAACUCUAUGAGAUGAACCCGCCACAGUACACAUGGUUUUACAAUUUUAUAGUACAACACGUGCCUAACACGGGGAAAGAAUUCCUUCAACAGCUUUUCAAGGAAAAGCGGGAACUUGCUGAGAGAGUGAUGAUAACCCGUCUUAACCUUUACAGUAUAUGGAUGCAGAAAUGUGAUCAUGCUGAAAUAUAUAACAGAAUAUCUGAUCAGAACGUGGAAUUGAUGCGUGAACGACUCACUCAAACUGUUAUAUGGGCAUCUGAAGAUGAUGAGAUUGCUGGAAGUUUGGAUUGAUUAAUGGGAGAAGCCUAAGCUCUCUUUGGUGUUUUUGCCCUUCCUUUUCUCCAUUAGUCUUGAUAGGCAAAACCGUUCUCCAGUGGUUGUCAGUCAUUUCAAGUAACAAUUUAGCUCUGGAUAUGUAACCAUAUCGUGAUAAAAGGUUGUUGCGGGUGGGCUGAGGAGGGAUGUGAAAGGCAUCCGUCUGACAAAUAUAUCAGGCUACAUGCUUUGAUCUGUAUAUCAUCCAUGUGUGGCCUCAACUUUUAUUGUUCUGAUGGGGGAUGAAAUAUUUACACUAGCAUUUUUUA